AUGAGUGGUCAGACUUAUUUCGCUGGACAACAACAACAACAACAACCACAACAGCUAUCGCCGCAGCAGCAGCCACAGCAACAACAGCAGCCUGCAGCGCAAAAUGGGUGGUCGAAUUAUACGCAACAGUCCAACGGAUUUGCGCAAAGCAACGGUUAUCACCAUCAAGCUAACGGUGGAUUUCAGCCGAUGAAUGGUGGUGGCUAUUAUGGCGGUUUUGGGCAUGCGACGAUCGCGCCACCACAUCAAAAUGGGUACGGGGUUCCUCCACCAAACUUUGUGCAGGCCAACAUGGCUCAAUUAAUGGCCGCACAGCAAACGGGUCUCUAUUCUCAUCAGUUUUUCCAUCCGCCUCCACCAAUUAUGUCGGAUGCCAAUGAACAGCAAAAUGGCUCUCAAAAUGGAUACUAUCAUAGAAAUCAAGAAAAUGGAUAUCAGCAAAAAUCGUUCUCGUCAUUCAACCAGAACAUGAAUGACGGAUCCGAGCCGACGAACUGGAACAGCCAAUCAGCUGGAAGCGACUCGACGGAGAAGCAGCUCUUCCAUCGUACUGACAGCGGAAUCAACUUCGACAAGUACGAGAAUAUUCCCGUGCAGGUCAGCGGUGGUGAUCCGCCGGCGGCGAUCGAGGAGUUUGCUGACGCCGAUCUUCAUGAAUGGAUCCGCGAGAAUGUGAAUCGCAGCGGCUACACAAAGCCAACGCCUGUGCAGAAGCACUCGAUUCCGACGCUUCUCGCGAAUCGCGAUUUGAUGUCGUGUGCUCAAACCGGAUCUGGAAAGACGGCCGCGUUCCUCCUUCCAAUCAUCAAUCAUAUUCUCGUCAAUGGACCCGAUGGAAUCAAACCGCCAUCCAGCAAUGGACCACGCCGAACUUAUUAUCCAGCCGCUUUGGUCCUUUCGCCAACUCGCGAACUGGCAAUUCAAAUUCAUAAAGAAGCUGCCAAAUUCAGCUAUCGCACCAAUAUUGUGACUGCGAUCCUCUAUGGAGGACGCGAAAACUAUCGUGAUCAAGUCAACAGACUUCGCGCUGGGUGCCAUAUUCUCAUUGCCACGCCGGGACGCUUGAUUGAUAUUAUUGAUCAGGGAUACGUCGGAUUGGAAGGAUGCCGUUAUCUUGUUCUCGAUGAAGCCGAUCGCAUGUUGGACAUGGGAUUCGAGCCGCAAAUCAGAAAAAUUGUCGGACUUGGAAUGCCAUCCAAGGAAAACAGAACGACCGCCAUGUUUAGCGCCACGUUCCCCAAAGAGAUUCAGAUUCUCGCCAAAGACUUCUUGAAAAAUGAUUAUGUCUUCUUGGCUGUUGGACGUGUUGGAUCGACAUCGGAGAACAUUCAGCAACGCCUUCUUUGGGUUGAUGAGAUCGACAAGCGCCGAAAUUUGAUGCAAAUCAUUUCUGAAGAAGCACCUCAAAACUUGAUUCUUUGCUUCGUCGAGACUAAGAAAGGAGCUAAUGAGCUCUCGUUCUUCUUGAACAGGCAACAAGUUCGCGCUGUCGCCAUUCAUGGUGAUUUGAAGCAGCCGGAGCGCGAGCGCAAUUUGGAUCUUUUCCGCUCGGGACAGUAUCCAGUGCUUGUCGCCACUGCUGUCGCUGCUCGCGGUCUUGACAUUCCGAAUGUUCGUCACGUCAUUAACUAUGAUUUGCCGGGAGAUUCUGACGAGUAUGUUCAUAGAAUUGGACGAACCGGACGCUGCGGAAAUGUCGGAUGCGCUACGAGCUUCUUCAAUGACAAGAAUCGCGGAAUUGGUCGCGAUUUGAUGAGCCUUGUCGAGGAGUCGAACCAGGAAGUCCCCGAUUGGCUUCGUCGUGUUGCGGCUGAAGGACGAAUCAACACCGGAAACCGAUAUUCAGGAAACCGCCGAUUCGGUGGAACUGAUCACCGUCGUGGUGGUGGUUACACAAACAUGCAUAAUAACUUUGGUCAGACUCCGAACCAGGGAUUCGGUAACGGCUUCGCGCCAAUGUAUGGAAACGGGCCACGUCGUCCAUUUCCGUCAAACGGUGGAUUUGGAGCUCAUAAUGGGCUGGCGAAUGGAUUCGCUCCCAGAGGUCGAGGUAUGUUUGCUGCCAUCGAACACGGAACCUUCUUUUUGCGUCACGCUAGCGAAAGCGAAGGCGGAUUCUCGAACGGAAUGCAUCGUAACAAUAUGCAAAUGGGAAUGCCGUUUUGUGGAAAUAGUGAUGGAACCAUUGGCCAUUGGCAAGCGCCACGCGCUUAA